GGCGUCCCUCGCCGCUUCGCGCGGCGCGGCUGGAUCUCGGCGUCGGCGCGCGGACGGGGUGUCUUGCCGAGCCGGGCGCACCCGACGCAUGCGCGGAGGCGGACGGGCGGUGGGAAGGGUGAUGGGGGUGAAAGAGGGGGUGAUGGGGGUGAAGGCAAUGGUGAAGGAGGGGAUGCUGCGCCGCCGCGGCGGCGGCACCCGCACGCGGUCGACCCUGCGAAGCUCGCGGAGCACGACGCGCUGUACGAGGCGCGCGAAGAGCUCAAAGACGCGCUGAGCCCGAUGUACGACCAGCUCGGCGCGGCGUCUGGUUGGACGCGCCUCCUGUGGCUCGCGAUGGAGUACAUGCCGACGCGUCUGCGCGUCGAGCGGCCUGCCGCCUCCGCGGACAAGGACACGAACGACGAGUGGUGGAGCGCCGGCGGGCGCACGCACGUCUGGGCGUGGGUGGUCAACCGCGGCCGCGGACGCCCCGUCGCAGGACACGAGGUCGCAGCCGGCAUGCACGUGCACCGCUCGGUCAAGACGCGCCUCGAGGCGCGCGGCAUGCGCCUCGGGCACGCGCGCGAGGGUGCGCACGAAGAUGCGCAUGGGCGGCUUGGGGAGGGCGAGCGGGGCGAGGACGGGCGGGGUGAGGCUGGCGCAGAUGAGCGAGGAGCGGAUGGACGAGGAGCAGGCAGGCGAGGAGCAGCGGGCGGCACGAGCGAGGUGUACGUCCCGCAGCUGCGGCCUGAGCUGCCCGGGCGGACGAGGCCGCAGCGGCUCGAGCACCGCGAGUGGAACGUCGAGGUGCCGGAGCACUGGCAGUGGGUGGACUAGGCUGGGGGUUUUGUCGUGCGCGACGCGCCGGGGUUUCCAGACGCUCUGUGUUUGUUUGGGUUGGCUCGGAGCGUGCGGGGCUGCGGUCGUGUGUCGUCUAUGUAGUGAAAGAAUAGUAUGGGUUUC